AUGUUCAUACCCUGCGUUCUGUGGUCUCUAGAGGCGGACGUUCACUUCGAGGAGCAGUUUGCUCCAAAGCUCUUGCAAAGUCCGAAUGUACGAUGCUUCGCGCUUCGCCUGGCCACCCCUCCAAAGUUCGAGGGGCCACCUGUGCUGGGCAUGGACAU